UUCCGUCGACGGCUAACCACGCAUGCGCAGUUUUUGGCGCUUCACGAAGCAAAAAAAAAAACCCCAACAAAAUAACAAAACGACGUGGUUUUGCCAACAUGGCAGCGUCCGACUGCAUCUUACGCCGAACUCUCAGGCUAUCCAGGACCGCUCCAAACCAGCGGUCCCAGGUGGUCUGCAGAGAGACGCUGUACGUGUUGGACGUGUUGCGCUACACCAGAGACCUGGGCUCCUCCGUCUACUUCCCGCACACCAUCUUCAGCAACGACAACCUGUACGACGUCACGCUGAGCGACCGCGACUGCCGCCUGCGCGUCACGCUGGAUCCCGGGCUCAACGAGCUAGUGGAGAGGAACGUCCUGCGUUCGGGCGCGGUCUUGCGGACCGCCACCCUGGCCCCCGCCAUGACGGGCUUGGCAGACCGCACUGAGGACCAAAGCUUCAUCCUGGUCACCGUGGAGAUGAGCGCGGCUGAGGGCGGCAACGUCAGCCUGGACUCGGACUCGGACCGGGACUGGGACUCGCUCCCCUGGAGCGGAUCGUCCGACGUGUCAGGUCCUCUGCUGGCCAAUCGAGGCCUCUUUCUGCCACUGUGGAAUAACGUGGACUUCCACGGAGACGCCUGGAAGCAGUCGCCGCCCCUCCUGAGCGGGACCACCGGGAGAGGUGGUGCGGCCGCAGUUUCCCGCCCCUCCGUGACCAUCAAAAGCCUCCGCGAGGGAUUUUUGGGACGCAAAGUUUGGGCCCGGGGCAACAUCCUGAGGCGGCUGAUCGUGCGCAUCACGGCGAAGUCGCAACUGAUUUAUUUUGGGAAAGCAGACAGGAACUCCAAAUAUCCUUAUCAGAUGCAGUUGGAGGCGUGCGACCGGACGGAAAGCGUCUUGGUGGUGCUGUGGAACAACCUGUGUGUCGACUGGUUCUGCGUUCUCCAGCCCGGGGACAUCAUCAGCCUGAGCCACUUCCGGGUCAAGCACCGCUACCGCUCUGACAACCGCGAGAUCGAGAUCAGCGCCAACAGCCAGAAUCUCACCGCUCGCUUGGCUCUGCUCCCGGAGGCGGCGUUGGCGCCCGCCAACCUGCCGCCGCCCGGGCACGCCUUCAGCUUCUGCAGCAGUGAGGAACUUCCGGCUCGCCCUCACGACGCCGUCUGCGACGUCAUCGGCUGCCUGACCUUCGCGGGGCGCUCUGAGCGGCUGAAAAAGGGUUCCCAGCUGUCCGAGUAUCGGUGGCUGCGGUUGGAGGACGGGCGCAGCGCUCGUCCCAUCUGGAUCCAGCUUUUCUCCACCUCCCAGCCAGAGACUCACCGCAAGCUCCACCCAUUAAUGGUGGUGGUGUGUUCACGUCUGAAGGUGGUCCAGACGUCAGCGAGCUUCUUGUACCUGACCAACACGCCGCACACAAUAGUGCAACUCUCAGGCGGCAGGAGAAAUUGCGUCCAGCUGCCGGCGGUCCAGGAGUUCUUCACCUGGCUGCAGCAGCAGGACCAAAAACGUCUGCUGCGCUCGGCUCUGGUUGGUGGAUACUUUGUCUACCCGCCCGCUGCCGUCUCCUUGGCAACGUACAUGAGAGACAGGGCAGGGGAGCCCGGUUUCCUCCAGGGACCUGAGCUUCUACAGGAGAUGAAGAAACUUUGUUACAGGGAGCGACGCACCUUCUGUAUCCAGGCAACCGUGACCAUGGUUACAUACUGUCGCAGAGGAGAGGAGGAGCGUUGCAUGUUUUGGCAAAACCCAUCUUUUCCCGUCCCCUCCUUGCCGUCGUCUCCCGCCGAAGGUCCCUGGGUGACCCCCCCGCAGGCAUCCUCCAGCAGCCAAAGGCCCAGUAAGAGGAAGCUGCCGAGGCACUCGGACACUCCGCCGAAAGGACGCCCUCAAGCGACGGUGCAACCCCAGGGCAGCAACCAGACAGCCCUUCUUUUCGAGGCUUCCAUGGAGUUCCUCGAGAGCACCGACGCCGAAGAGGAGGACCAGGACGACGCCUCCCGCGUCACCUGCCCCGCCCCGCCGUCUUUCCCGCACAUCGCCGUGGAGACGCUGGCCGUGCGAUACAGCCCCGCCCGUAAGCAGCAGCAGGCGGUUGCCGUGACGAUGGGAGGAAGCCUCACCUCCGCCGCCGUCUUCGCCUGCGACGACUACUACACGCUCAGGCUCAAGGUUUUGUCGGACGACACGUGCAUCUUCGCCACCUUCCUCCCCCACUCCCCCCUGUUGCCGCGCUCCGGCUCGCACGGCAACACCUGGGCCUCCAUCUUGUCCCACGGGGGCUUCUCGUCUGGCGGCCCCCCGCCGACCCCAGGUGACUUAAUCGGCACGGCCAAGCAGCUGGCCAAUCAGAGGCUGGCGUGCUGUCUGGACGUCUGUCAUCUGGGGGGAGACUCCAGCGAGGUCGUCCUCAGCCGAGCGUUCCCACUGAUCUGAGGACUUUAGGAUGUUCUUGAUGUCUGUUUUUGCACUGUUUCAUGUUUACGAGCAAAAGAUGUUGCACACGUUUUCCUGUCGGAAGGUUUUUGUUGCACUUUAUUUAUUAAAAA